GAAGAAAACAUGCUGCAUGCCCUUCAUGAGGGACCUUGGUUUGUAUUCAAUCACUUUUUCUCAGUGCGACGUUGGGAGCCCAAGUUCAUUGCCUCCUCUGCAACUCACAUAUUAUGCGAUUUGGAUCCGCCUUCCCGAACUUCCAACUGAAUUCUAUGAUUUGAAAAUUCUCCAAAGGAUUGGAACUAAAGUGGGUAAACUCCUAAACGUAGAUUCUUGCACUUCCUCCACAACAAGAGGACGUUAUGCUCAUGUGUGCAUAGAGGUACCACUGGAAAAAAAACUCUUAAAUCACAUAUUCUUAUUGGCACCCAUAAACAAUCUAUUUUGUAUAAGGGAAUUAAUCUUCUUUGCAAAACUUGCGGAAAACUUGGACAAAAUCCACAACUGUGUCCCUCCCAAACUACUUCAAGCACACAAUUACAACACCCUUCUCCUAAUAAAAGUACUAUACCUACCAGUAUAAUCUCCACCACUCCAACACAACCUCUACAGUCCAGUGAGCAGGAAUGGAAAACAGUUGUUUUCCCUUCACAGCAGUCUCGCAAAGGCAAAGGUAAGCCAGCCGCCAUUGAAAGGCCCAUAGGUAAGUUUUCUAACUCUCAAUCAUCAAUUCCUAAUUAUCUUUCUAAUACAAAACUUAACCCUGCUAAUUGUUUAGCCAAUGAUAUUGAAGAACUCGUGGACCCCACCACCUCCACAUCACACACAACUAAGCAGUCUCCAACACCUAUGCCGACUAUGACAGUGCCUAACACACAAAAUUGCCACGAUGUUCUGCAAUAUUCCACCGCCCAUGUCCAUUAACCCUCCCUUUCCACGUAUAACUCUACUCAUGCCACAUCCAUAGUGGAUCAAAUCAAAUCCUUUUUCCCCAUUCAAGAAAUAGACAGUGCAAGCCCAGCCACUUCUUCAGCAGCCAACACUAACCCAAGAGGCUCUCAAAUACCACCCCUAUUUCCUGAAACAAUUGAUGAAGCCCAUAUACCAAGUUCCCAAAAUAAUCAUCAUAUUCCCUCACACUCCAAUGUCUGAUAUCCCAAAUAUGCCAUCAUCGCCUACCACACUAAUUCUUUCCACCCAAACUAAACUACAACAUACGCUAUUGCCUUUAGAAGAUUUCCAACUUCAUUCACAAUCAACUAUAUCUAAUGUUCCUUCACCAUCACAACUGUCCAUACCCAGGAAUUCACCUACACCACACUCCUCCUCCACCACACCAUCUUCUACCACCUAUUCUCUUCACCAUGCAGAAUCCACAACUCCCUCUCUAGUGUCAUCGAAUCUACAACACAUCGACCCCCAACCACUUGCACCAGCAUAGUCUUGGCUCGAGAUGGGACUACUGGGUCAUCCACUGACCUUAGUGCUGGAGAUAAACAACCAGGAAGUCCUAAUCAUGAUACAAAACCCCAUGGACACUGCUCAUAUCCUGACGAAGGGGAUGACGCUAGAUUGGGAAACCUAUGCUCAGUACCAAUCUUUUAUGCACCAACCUCUGAUGUUCAAUCCCUACAAACCCAUCUCACCAUCUAAGACUCACUAAUACACACGUGGGAGAUGCCGUUUUACACGCUGCUAUUCCCGAAGAACCCUUCUGUUCCCUGGAUACACCAACACAUCACUCAACAUUCUCACAUGCAGACUUCCCCUACACACACCACCCUUCCACCACCCCCCACCAGCUAUUGGACCUACACCUUCCCCAACACAAUCUAAUAGUACAAGAGGCCAUGGCCCAACAAGAAAUAUCGUCUCUAGCCGCCAAAAUGCGGGAAACUCGCACAGAAUUGAUCGAUCUCGAUGGAAUAUAUCUCUUAAUCCUAAAGGAGCAGUAUAAAAAAAUUGUAUCUAUGAUGUCCACCAAAUCUCAAAAACUGCCUCAUCAAACUCCGCCCCACGGUCAACCUCGACAUAGGCAAGUUCGCACUAGUUCUCAUACCCACCCUGCGCCCAUCGGAGUAGAGGAAUGUGGAGAAUCCAUCAGCGAACCUCCAGGUUCCAGUAUCACCCCCUACCCUCCAAUAACCUAAAUAUAAGAAUUCAUUAUAUGGAACUGUAGGGGUGCUCAAUUGCCAGACGUUCAUAGAAAUUUCCGCUCUUUGUAGGACUUUCACCACCCUACGUUGGUUGUUCUGUUGUAAACUCACCUAAUGGAUCACCAACCUUUACGUGAUGAUUUUACUUUUACUAGUAUGGCUUCCGUAGCGGCUGAAGGCCAUUCAAGUGGCAUUGUCGUCCUCUGGGAUGAAAAUAUUCUUCUUGUAGAGGAGAUAGCUAUUACUAACCAAGAGGUUCACUGCAUGGUGGAGGUAUUAUAUCUAACUCGAAAGUUUUUAUUCUCUUCAAUUUACGCAAGUCCUACUUUAGCUCAUAGACAAAUUCUCUGGCAAAAUCUUAAGUGCAUAUCGGACAACUAUCAUGGUCCUUGGUUGGUGGGAGGUGAUUUUAAUGAAGUUACACGUGCUUCCGAAAAAUUUGGGGGACGUCAUUUAAACAAUAAACAUGUUGAUCAAUUUUUAAAUUGCCUCAAUUAUUGCAAUUUAGUUGACCUUGGGUUCAAAGGUAGCCGUUUCACUUGGUCAAAUAAUAGAAGUAAUUCUGCCACUAUUUUAGAACGAUUAGACAUGGUAGUAGCUAAUUAUGGAUGGAUUAAUUUAUUUCCUAAUACUCUUGUUCGCCAUCUACCUCGUAGCCACUCUGAUCAUUGCCCAUUACUUCUUACUCCGCCAACUGCAAUUACGAAUAAACCUUUCCAUUUUGAAUCUAUUUGGACAUCUCACCCAGGAUUCCAUCAUCCGUUCUCGCAUGUUUGGCAUGAUAAUAAUGAUUCUCUUCUUCCAGCCAUAACAAAUUUCCAAACUGAGGUUCAUGACUGGAAUAAAAAUACCUUUGGAAACAUCUUUGAAAAAAAAUGUAUUUUACUUGCUAGGUUAAGUGGCCUCCAGAAGUCUCCACACUAUCCUACCAGCAAUUUUCUUCACCAUCUAGAAGCUGACUUAAUUUGCGAAUUUAAUAAUUUAUUAAAAUUAGAAGAGUAUUUCUGGACACUAAAGUCUCGUAUCCAAUGGUUAAACAAUGGAGAUGCAAAUACCAGGUUCUUCCACCUUACCACUCUGCAACGUCGUAAGCGUAAUCGUAUCACAACAUUGUGAGACACAGCUGGAAAUUGGACUUUUGAUAAUGUUGUUAUAAAAGAUUUAAUCUACUGUCAUUUUGAAAAACUCUUCACUACGGAACAUGACUAUUCCACACCUCACUUAUUUCCUAACUCCCACAACUCAUUGUCCUCUAUGGAUUCCCAACAUCUUGUUCGUCCACUUCUGCAUACAGAAGUGUUACAAGCCAUUAAUUCCUUCAAACCAUUUAAAUCACCGGGUCCAGUUGGGCUUCACCCAUAUUUUUACCAAUAGUACUAGAAUGAAAUUCAUACUUUCGUUCUUAACUUUUGUAAUCAAGUUUUUACCAUGUAUCAGAUUCCUCCGCAAAUUUGCUCUACCUAUAUUUGCCUCAUUCCUAAAAACCAAACUGCAAAUUCUCUCAACUAUUUUAGACCUAUUAGCUUAUGUAACACUACUUAUAAAAUCAUUACAAAAAUUCUUGUUGGUCUUAUUAAGCCUUUCAUUCAACAAUUAGUAGGACCUACCUAGUCCAGUUUCCUUCAAAACCGUCGUGCAGCGGACAAUGCUAUUAUAGUACAAGAAAUCCUCUAUCACUUUAAGAGAACCAAGGGGAAGAAAGGGCUUAUGUUACUUAAACUUGAUCUAGAAAAAGCGUUUGAUCGUAUUGAAUGGUCCUUCAUCCAUAAAGCUCUAAACUUUUUCAAUUUCCCAAAGCUUUUAAUCAAGCUUAUGUCGUGUGUUACUUCAUCCACUAUCUCUAUACUCAUUAAUGGAUCUCCUACCACCUAUUUUUCUCCCACAAGAGGAAUACGACAAGGUGAUCCUUUAUCCCCAUAUUUAUUCAUACUAUGUUUAGAGAUGUUUUCUAGAAGUAUAAAUGUAGUUGUGGAUUAUAACUCAUCGGAACCCAUCCAAAUCUCCACCUUAGGUCCUCAAAUCUAGCACCUCUUUUUUGCCGAUGAUAUCAUUCUCCCUGCCCAAAUCUCUCGCUAAUCUUGCCAUACAAUCAUUGAUCACCUCAAUAUGUUCACCAAAGUUUCAGGUCAAAAGCUAAACUUUGAUAAGUCCCGAAUCUUUUUUUCCAAUAAUUGCCCACACGAGGAUAAGCAGUAUGUCCUCUCUUCAUUCAAUAUGUCAGAAGGCACUUCCUUUGGGAAAUAUUUGGGUUUCCCUAUCUUCUUGAAGCACCCUACUAUGCGUGAUUAUCAAUUUAUUCUAAAUAAUUUUAAAGCGCGUUUGGCAGGAUGGAAAACUGCUUUUAUGACCAAGGCGGGCAGGACAACCCUCAUACGAUCAACCCUUAAUACCCUCCCUAAUCAUGUAAUGCAACUUCUCACUCUUCCUUCAAAUAUUAUCCGUAGAAUGGAGCAAUAUGAAUGCAACUUCCUGUGGGGUUCAACUACCAAUCAUAAGAAAAUUCACUUAAUUAAAUGGGACAAUGUUACCACCCCAAAGGAUGAAGGAGGACUAGGCAUACAAAAUCUUUCUACAACGAAUUGUGCACUUCAAUCUAGUAUGGCCUAGAGACUUUUUAAAUCUCCAAAAUCCCUCUAGGCCUCUCUUCUUAUCAAUAAGUAUGCAAAUUCUCAAAAACAUGUUUCUAAACCUUCUAGAAUUUGGAGGUUCAUCCAAAAUGGAUGGCAACAUUGCCAACAAGGCAUCCAAUGGCAACCUGCAUAUGGCUUCCAUAUCCUAUUUUGGACUGAACCUUGGCUCCAAGCAAAUCUAACACUAAGAUCCCUUAUUCAUGGACCAUUAAUAGAAUUUGAAACUGCUGCCACUAUAGCUUCCUAUUGUACCCACUCUUGUUGGGACUUUUCUCCUUUAUCUUUCGUGCUGCCUGCUACAUUAUAUCAUCGUAUAUAUAGAACUCACUUCCCUACAAUUCCAUCAUCUUAUGAUCGUAUAAUUUGGGGCCUUAACAAUACUGGCCUAUUCUCAGUCAAAUCUAGCUAUGCAUCCCUCUUGAAUAACACUACUACUCACCUUUUUCGCUGGAUUUGGCGACUGAAAUUACCUCCUAAGAUAAUCCGCUUUAUUUGGUUAUUUUGUCACAAACGCUUGACUACUGCUUCCUACCUUGCUCACCUAAAAUUACUUUCGUCUUCCAUCUGUAAUAUUUGUAACAGAGAGGUAGAAACGAUCCACCAUAUUUUCUUUGCUUGUGCUUUCGUUGCAUCCUUUUGGAAUUCACUAGGUCUCCAUCAAGGAGCUCUUAUACUGCCAGAUGUCACUGUACAUCCCCUGAUAUAUCUUAAGGAGCUCAUUCACCAAAGUCAUACUUAGUACCCCAAACAACUCCCUCCUGCGCUCUUUAUACCAUUCUCCUUAUGGCAUAUUUGGAAUAUUCGAAACCAUAACACGUUUGGCGACACUCAACACUCUAUCAGUACUUCCUGUAUAAUCAAUCAAGCUACUGACUAUCUUCACCCUGCCCUACCUCUACGAUAUAUACCUACCUUAACACCCAUACAUGUUUGGUGGGCACCCCCAAUCAGAAUUUCUAUAAACUCAAUUCAGAUGGUGUUGUGUGCACUAUGACUGGUGCCGCAGGUUAUGGAGAAGUCAUUCGUGAUUCUAAUGGAAACUAGAUUGUUGGAUACACCUGUAGUUCUACGCACACAACCAGUUUACACAUGGAGCUAAUGGGCCUUCUACAGGGUCUUCGUUUAGCACACCAGUGCCAACUCACACCCUUAGAAAUUCGUUCUCCACCAAUUGGAUGAUCCUCCUAUUACUCAUACAUAUCGGGAGCAAAACCAAGUAGCGGAUGCUAUGGCAAAUCAUGGUCUUAUGGAAUACCGUGGUCCAUCAAUGCUUAUUUUUGAAGACGCUCCAUUUUUUGUGUUGAAGCUACUUCUCGAUGAUAAGCACGGCUCAACCUAUCGGCAUCUAUUUAAUGCAAAACAUUAGGCCAACCAAAUGAUCACAACUCUUUUUUGUUAAACUCUCAUGUAUCACGUUGUACCCAGAAUAGCCAUUUGGCAGUAGAUUCCCACUUAGAUCCACCAAGGUGUGGCAAUGCUUUUUUGUUUUAUGUAGAAGAAUAGCCACCCUAGUUGUUCCUACUAUGUACUUAAGUUUUGUUAUAUAAUAUUAAUCUUUCA